AUAACUUCAGUUUCUUUGUUUUAUUUUGUUUUAUUUUUUUGAGUAUUAUUAGGUUUUUGCUGAUCAAAUUUUACUGUAGUUUGAAACCCUAGUUUUUUGUUUGGAUGUCGAGAAAAUUUAAGUAAUUGUAUGUUCUUAUGUGUGUUUUCUUUUCUGUUCAACUUAUUUUGAUGUGAAAAAGUGGAAUUCGAUUUGGUCAAUUAGUCGUACAGUUGACUGUAGGUUGUUUUUUUGCUCUUUGGGAUCUCAUGCACUUGAAACAAAUUAAGCUUUCUCACAUUUCUUCAUUUUGUUUAAAAUCUGCAUAUUUUUAAAGCUGUAUUGUUUUUUCGUUGUAGUUGAAUUUUAUUGUCAGCAGAUGUAUUUGAGAUAGAAUUUGUUGGUUCUAGGGUUUAUUAGUAUAAGGAAAUUGAAAUGUUAUCGGGAUAAAUAAUGUAGGGUUGGGAAGAUUGUUUUAUUUGGUAUGUCAUUCUUAAUUUCUUACAUGAAGUUUGAUUGUGUGAUGAAUUCAUAUGCAUUUUUUAGUUAGUUUUUUGUCUUGUAGCUACUACCGAUAUGCUAUGCAAGUGGUAGAAGUGGUGCUAUUAAUUCAGUGCUAAGCACGCAGCUCGCGCAGGGCUUGGAAGACGCUUCGCUAGCGAGGCAGCUAUUACAGAGGAAGAAGAAGAGGGAGGGGGUACCGAGGAGACAAAGACAACUAUGGUUGGCUUAGACCUUGAAAAAGUGAAAUUGAAAGAAGAAAUCGAUGAAUAAGAAAAGAUGAAUAAUCAUUUGCUUUAUUUAUUAAACCCAUUGGCCAUGGUAGUCACAUUGGAGGAUACCGAGGGUGCUUAGUAUUCACAUAGUUGCAUGCUUGAAGUUUUUGUUUCUAACCGUGAAAACAAGUUUCUGAUCAUAAAUAGAAAAAUGGUUAGGUCUUCAAAUAUUGAUUAUUGGAUUAAGUUUUUUCUACCUUUCACCAAAAAGAAAACAUUGUUUAAUGUUUUUAUUAACGUGAAUAUUUACAGCAUAAUAGGAGACAACAGGAAGCUGAUCUUGUAAAAACCGGCUACUUGAUUUUAUACAAAUUUGAAGAGGGAUGAGGCAUUAGUUGUCAUGUGAUGCUGUCAACAUGCAGACAGAGUCACAGGGCUCUUUAGCCUGUGAGGCACAACAUAAUCAAGAAAAUAUUCCUAUUCAGGUAGGAGAUUUCGGUGUAGUGUCAUUCACCUCAGAUAAUAUUGUGCCAGCCCAACCUGCUAAAAAGCCAACUCGGCAAUGGGCUGCUUGGACACGUCAAGAGGAAGAGAGUUUCUUCACUGCAUUACGACAAGUUGGGAAGAAUUUUGAGAAGAUCACAUGUCGUGUGCAAAGUAAAAACAAAGAUCAGGUCAGACAUUAUUACUAUCGUCUUGUGAGGCGCAUGAACAAGCUUUUGGGACCAGGAUUAUGUUUGGAUGCCAAAAACUCUAAAGAUACUAAUGCAGCAAUGCUUCGCUGGUGGUCUCUACUAGAAAAGUAUAGCUGCAGAGCCUCAAAACUUCAUCUGAAACCUCGAAGAUUUAAAAUUUUUGUUGAAGCAUUGGAGCAUCAACUCGUGAAGGACCGGAAGAAGAAUGUAAGAAAACGACCUUCUCAAGGGGAGAAUAGUUCACCUACAUCCCCCAACAGUGUCGCAAAUCAGAGUAGGGCUUCAGGAAAUGAUGCUGGUACGGUCAAACUGGUUCUUGUGGACAGUCAAAAUAUUCAAAAAUUAGGACCUGGAAAAGGGUCAUCUAAGCGUAAUACCAGUGUAGGUGUCAAUCGUAGCAAUGGCAAAGGGGAGUCAAACACCAUGAAAUCUGCAAGGCAACGGCGGAAACCAGGUGCCUCAUCAGCUGCAUACAAAAAAUGGGAAAAGGCUGCAAUUGCUGGGGUUUCUUUGGUGGCUGAUGCUGCUGAGCAUUUGGAGAGAACAACUAAUGAUAAAGACAUUGAGCAAGAACAAGAUACACCAGUUCCAGGGCAUAAGAUUCUUGACCCAAUUGAAAAUAAUCAAUUUCGCUUGCCUGCUUUCUCUCAAAAUCCUUUUGCUGAGAGCAAUGUACAUGCUGCUGGGAAGCUUAAGCUCCAACUGUUUCCAAUUGAUGACAGUACUAGAAGAGCCUUGGAAAUGGAUAAACACAACCCACACUUGGAACUCACUCUUAGUAUUCGAAAGAAGAUAUCAUCAGUAUUGGAGCACCUGAAUCGAAAAUGGGGCAACUCAACUAUAGCAUCAGGAGAGCUUAUGCUUUUCCCUUAUGUUGUUCAAAGAGAAAAUCUUAGGGGUUAUCAGAGAUGGACUCAAGCAUCCAUCGUCAGUGCAUCAGAUGUAUAUGCAAUGAUUGGAAGCCCCCAAGUAUUUCGCCUAAGGUAUGGUUGGUUUUCUGAUACUGAAGUUGCAUCUUUGACUUGGCAAGCACCUGUUUCCCCACCCUACAUUCCUAGCAUGCAUAAUAUGAAUGUUGAAAGUAGGAAGGGCUGUGUUGUGGAAGAAGUACAAGUAUCUGUCUCAUCUACCGGUGAUCAGCCUAAGAAACUUGAUGAUCCUUGCAAGAAUCAGCCAAUAUUACAGAAUAAAAAUAAUGCUGUUGAAUCUUCUUUAACCGAUUUCCCCAAUGAGAUGAAUAGAUGCCUUACCACUGGUCUUAAAGAUAAUCUUGGGGAUUCCCCUAUUCCUGCAACAAAUACAUCAUCAGAUAGAAGUGAAACUUGCAAUGUUGCUAUUAUGGGAUGGUUGGAAGAUGCAGAUGAUCAGAGAUUGAACAAUAGUACUGCUGCAGUAUCUGCUGGAGAAUGGGCUGACAGUCUUACAAACAUAAGUGUUGGAGAUAUUCUUGCAGAAGUGCCUCACGACUUGGACAGUAACUGUGUUGACCACCCUGUUGGAGAAAGCUUGCAAUGUCUUCAGCAGAUUCCAUUCAGCUGUGAUUCAUUUGACGCAGCUAUUGCUGCUCAUAUAUCUAGGCAUCAAAACAAGAUGGAAUUUCCAUCAUUGGCAUCCCAUGCAUCUUCUAUUUGGGAUGCUGAAGAAACUUGCGAUGUCUUCUCAUUUUCAAAGAAUCCUACUCCUUGUGCAAUUUCUAGAUUCUCCAGUGCAACUUCCCAAGCAGCCUGUAAACAGAUUGCAAGAUCAAAAUCUGCGGCAUCUGGCACCCUUUCUAACCUGCUCCCACUGAAGUCACCUGAUCCUGAGGAGCCAAUGGUAAAUUCUGCUUGUGAAGAGCUUGUGGAUGAGUGCCCAUCUGAUAUGCACAUCAUGGAUACUACGGAAAAGGAUUUCAAUGAGCUGACUGACAUUUAUUGGCCUGACUCUUUAGGACCACUAGAUCUUGAUGUACCAUCUUGUAAAUAUCAUAGUGAAGAUUUGAUUUUAGGUGAUAACCUUGGAGGUUUGAACCAACUAAUAGCCAGCAGUCUGGAUGCAUUUCAAAAUUGCUUAUUUUUUGGGUUCGACAAGAAAGAAUCGAUAUCAACAGUAGAAGCUCGGGACAAUGCAUCCUCGGCUUCUAAAUUUGACAAUGAGGGUUGAAAUCUUCAUCAAGUUCGAUUUCAGGAUGAAACUAUUUGAGAGUAAAAAGUUUGUCGCUGGAAACCUUCAAGGCUGCGACUAACAAGUUUGUCUGACUCUGACCUGAAAGUGCAAGAGACACAGGUUGGUGCGAGCCAGGAGAAUUCUGGCUUUUUUAAUUAGAGAAUUUCCCGGAGGAACGAACCUUAUCAACUUUUACAAAGCACUUUUCACUUCCUACACUUGUGGUGGCGACCUGUUUUCAUUUUAUAUCUUUCUCUAUACUUGUUUAUAGUCUGAUGAUUAACCAAGCAACACAAAUGGACGACACCAGAGCCGUUCUAUUUAUUUUAUUUGACAUGGGUUUUGUUCAAUUGCUAUGUGGUGAUUGGAUGCAUUUUUUUUAAUAAGAGUCAGCCUUCCUGCUGUGGAAAGUUGCACUCGUAUAUCACUGAGACUAUAUUAAAGCCAUCAUUAACAACCCUAAGGAACAAAAAAGCAAAACCAAUAUAAUCCUGUAUGAUUUGCUGCCUUAAGAUUUAAAAGUACUUAGAACUGAAUCACACCAAUCUGAGUUUUUAAUCUAUUCGCUCAUUUGACAAUGAAACAUCACAAGAAUCUCAGUCAAACAUUGAUUGAUUCCAUUCUUAGUUGGCUGCUAGGUUUAGAGAAUUAGUUUGACUCGGUCAAACUGCUUCUUUUUGGCCCAAAAUGGUUGUUCAUAUAUUAGGGCCAGUUGUGUGAAGUGGAGCACAUGUUUGUCGUGGGUUGUUUACUUGGUCAAAACGUGGUCCAGCUGAAAUGUGAUUUUGGACUAAAGAUCAUCAGGAGUUCUACCUCUAGUUAAAUUUAAUUACUUGCUUUGAGUUGGGUGAAGGGAUGGAAUUUGCACCCUAGCACCUUUUUUUUGGCGGGAAAUUGAAGAUACAAAUGCAAAAAAUGUUCUAGAAUUUAGU